AUGUCGGCAAACACAAACAAUUGGACAUACCACUCCAUUGCUGGCGCCUACUUCCUAGGCAUCAUACCCCAUGGCAUUUAUUUUGUGAAAAUGAUGCGAGCCACGAACUGGAAGACUUCGAAUCUCACACCCCGUGAGAAUCUCAAUACUCUCCGCGGCAAAAUCCCCGAAGAUACGUUUAACAAGCUUUGCCGUCUGCGCGGUGCCCAUCUCAAUGCGCUUGAAAGUCUUCCACUCUUUGCAACUGCAAUGAUCGUGGGAAACAUGAGAGAUCUCCCUUCAAAAGAGCUCAAUAUACUAGCGGCCGAGUACCUUGGUGUGAGAUUGUUGUAUACAGCCGCCUACGUUGGUGGCCGAUCGGAGUUUCUAAGUUACGUGCGGACAGGCCUCUUCGGUUGGAGUGUCAUGAUUCCGAUCUACGUAUUGGCCAAGGCCGGGAACUCACUCCUUGGGAGUGGUAGCGUUUGA